CAGGAAUUCGCCGUGCUUGGCCAUGGGAGGAAGCCUCGUGGAGAAUGACAAGACCUGCUCCUCUCCUAGGGGAAAGUCAACGAAAUGUCUACAAGUGGCAAGAGUGGAACUGCAACCUCUGGUGAUGUGGGAAGAUGACGGCGCGGGAUGCUGUGUCCCCGGCUGCCUCCGGCCUGGCCCAGACUGCAUCUUAGGGCUUUGCCUGCAGCCUGUUUAGUGGCACUCCUGGAUUCUCUUUUUGUUUUUUCCCCAAGAUUCACUUCUAGUCCUGGCUUGAAGAUUACUGGAGAGACCACGGGGGUGCAUAUCCCCUCCAAACUUACCUUCUGAAACUUUUCCUGUGUUUAGGAUUGGAAUUUCCAAAGCAACAUCAACACUGCAUCGGAUGCGUUUAACUUUUCUCCCAGUCACUUUGGUCCUGCUGUGAGCCCCUGUGUGUGGCAUCUGUGGACAUACAAGUUCAUAUCCUGAAGACCAGUCCCAUGAGAGCCGUUUAGUCAUAAGCACAUUUCAUUAAAAAUCAUUUUAAAAAAUCGUGGCUUAUUCCAUAAACAAUAUGAAAGAACGAACCUAAACCGUCAUCCCUUAGCAUCCUGAGGCGAGCAUCACUAUAAAAUCCAUCCCCUCCUUGGAGUUGCCAACAUCGACAUUUAUAGUGAUGGAAUUCAGGAGGAUGAAUAUUCAUAACCUGUUUGACAUUUGCCAACAAAAAUGCCUGGUCCUGUAGACGGGAAGGCGCCUGGACACAGUGACACAUUCUCAAAGGCCCUGCAGGACCGCCAUGGCUUAUGAUGACUCCCUGAAGAAAGAAGAUUGCUUUGACGGGGACCACAGCUUUGAGGACAUAGGACUCGCAGCCGGCCGAAGCCAACGAGAAAAGAAACGAUCUUACAAAGACUUCUUAAGGGAAGAGGAAGAAAUCGCUGCUCAGGUCAGGAGUUCUUCCAAGAAGAAACUAAAGGAUAGUGAACUUUACUUCCUGGGGACGGACACGCACAAGAAGAAGAGGAAGCACUCCUCUGAUGACUACUACUAUGGAGACAUUCCGUCUCUGGAAUCGUCACAGAAGAAAAAGAAGAAGUCCAGCCCGCAGUCGACCGACACCGCCAUGGACCUGCUGAAAGCCAUCACUUCCCCGCUGGCGGCAGGCGCCAAGCCCUCCAAAAAGCCGGGGGAGAAGUCUUCCAGCUCUUCCAGUCAUUCAGAGAGCAAAAAGGAGCACCACAGGAAGAAACUCAGUGGAAGCAGUGGGGAGCUCCCCGUGGAAGAUGGGGGCUGCCACAAACCCAAAAAGAUGAAGCCCCUCUAUGUGAACACAGAGACACUCACCCUUCGUGAGCCCGAUGGCUUAAAAAUGAAACUCAUUCUCUCACCAAAGGAAAAGGGGAGCGGCUCAGUUGACGAGGAGUCUUUUCAGUACCCCUCUCCACUAGCGACUGUGAAAAAAUCCUCCAAGAAGUCCGCUCGGGAUGAGCAAGGUGCUUUACUGCUGGGGCACGACCUGCAGAGCUUUUUGAAAACAGCCCGGAAGAAGCACAGGUCCUCCUCAGACCCACACUCCUCUCCUGGCCCUGAGGGCUGUGGGCCUGACGCCGCCCAGUGCCCAGAAUCCCACAGUGCUAACCUGGACCUUUCAGGGCUCGAACCUAUCCUGGUAGAAUCCGAGUCGUCCUCUGGUGGGGAGCUGGAGGCCGGGGAGUUGGUAAUAGAUGAUUCUUACCGGGAAAUCAAGAAGAAAAAGAAGUCAAAGAAGAGCAAAAAGAAGAAGGACAAGGAGAAGCACAAAGAGAGGCGGCAUUCCAAAUCCAAGAGGAGCUCGGGCCUCGUGGCCCCAGCCGGGGGAGACGUGCCUGCCGCACCCGGCCCUCCUCCCAGCACCCUGGGCCCUGGCGCCGCUGCCACUCCCCCUCCACUGCCUGGCCUCCACACGGACGGGCACAGCGAGAAAAAAAAGAAAAAAGAAGAGAAGGAUAGAGAGAGAGAGAGAGGUGAAAAGCCCAAAAAGAAGAGCAUGUCGGCCUACCAGGUGUUCUGCAAAGAGUACCGUGUGACCAUCGUGGCCGACCACCCAGGCAUAGAUUUUGGGGAACUAAGUAAAAAGCUGGCUGAAGUGUGGAAGCAAUUGCCAGAAAAGGACAAACUGAUUUGGAAACAAAAAGCUCAGUAUCUGCAGCACAAGCAGAACAAAGCAGAAGCCACAACUGUGAAGCGGAAAGCAUCGAGCUCCGAAGGCUCCGUGAGAGUGAAAGCUUCUUCUGCAGGAGUACUGUCACCCCAAAAGAAGUCCCCACCCACCACCCUGCUAUUACCAGCCUCGCCGGCCAAAGCCCCUGAGACAGAGCCCAUUGAUGUGGCUGCGCAUCUCCAGCUGCUAGGAGAGUCGCUCAGCCUCAUUGGACACCGCCUGCAGGAGACAGAGGGCAUGGUGGCCGUAUCCGGCAGCUUGUCUGUGCUUCUGGAUUCCAUCAUCUGCGCACUGGGCCCUUUGGCGUGUCUUACCACACAACUGCCUGAACUGAAUGGCUGUCCCAAACAAGUCUUGUCAAACACGCUUGACAACAUUGCUUACAUCAUGCCUGGACUGUGACAGCCAAGAGCCUGGGACAGAAACCUUGUCCUUCGCCCUUGCCGGUUUGUGUGUACAUAACUGUGCAGAUCCCUCUGCUGGCCUCUGGGUGUAGGUUUUAAAUUUUUUAUAUAUCUAUACAUACAUAUAUAUAUAAUGUACAGUGUAUACAUAGGACUGUAACUACUUUGCUUUAAAUAAUUUGAUGAAAUGGCAAAGGUUUAACCAAGAGGAAACUUUGGCUUGAAUGUGGGCUUGGGAUUCCUUUUUUUCUCCUAUGGUGGACAAAUCUGCCUUAAAAAUCAAUGUAACUUGGGGGCUGGGGGCUUGUUCUGGGUGCCAAGUGCAUCUCUCUAUGGACUGCUAAAAUGAUUGUUUUUUCCAAGCUCAGCUACACCUCCAGGCCCAUCACUGACCAUUUGCCUUACCUAUCUUAUAGUUGGACAUGUGAUGGAAAAGAUUGUGUGGGGAGGCCAAGUGAUGUUAGUUUGUACAAAGCCUUUCAACCUGAAGCAACCUGGGUGGGAGAUGAAACACCAUUUGCAUGGUAGUUACUAAGAUGGCUCAGUUGAACUGAGCAGAGGGGUCAUCGGGUUCAUCCAGAUGUCCAUGUCUCCAAACCGAUUGUAAUCAUUGGUACCAUCCCAGCCUCAGUAGAGGCCGCAGAGCGGAGGUGAGCCCCAGCGGACAGCAGAAGCUGCCAGGGCCUGCCAUGAGGCCGCACACGCUCCGAGCUCCCAGGGUGUUUGGUGCACACUGCUGGGAGUUAGCCUCUU